UGUGUACUCUUGGUUGGGAGUUUGCAUUACCCGUGAGAGUACUCUCCAAGUUGGAAAUUUUUGGUAGUAGAUUUUUGUUCCCCUUCCGCUGUGAGAUUAUUUGCCCCCAGCCAUAUCCUCUAGUGUCUCUCUGCUCUUACAUGCUCCAUUCUCAACUGAAAAAUCGCUUUGGCAUACCCAUAGUUUAAACAGACUCAAUGAAGCUGAUUACUGCCAAUUUUUUGACCUGUGCCGUCAAAGGGUGCAAGGCAUCACCGGAGUCGUUCCCACUUCAUUUUAGGGAUGCGGAGCUUGAGCUGCAGGAGAUUGAUUUUCAACCCGAUUUUAUCCGUAACAUUGUCCCUCGGAUUGAUUGGCAUGCGUUGCAGACAAUGGCAAAUGAGCUUGGGUUCCCCAGAAUCAUGGAUAAGAAGCCCGAGGGCGAUGAGCUCAGAGAUGAGCAAAUAUUAAAGGAGCUUCAUCGACUAUUAUUGGAAACGCAAAUUCUUGAGGGAAAAUUGACUUGUGGUAAUUGUGGGCAUGAAUACUUGAUCAAAGAGGGGAUUGCAAACUUCCUUCUACCAAGUCAUUUGGGUCUGUAGCCUCGUUACCUUUCCAUCCUGCACGUGCUGACUUUUCUUAGUUUAAAUCUUCUGCAUAUCCUGUUCCAUUACGCGCGGCAAGCUGAGUGUCAGGUUACAAUAGCAUGGGAGAUCUUGUUCCCUGUCCUUGCCUCAUUAGUAUAUCAGAUACUUUCCCGGAAAAGUUCCGUGUUACAUGUUACAAUCCCCGCCAGCGUCGUUUGUGCCUGCCUGAAUCGCAUAUAUCAUAAAGAAGCUUAUGUGUGACGUGACGAAGAGCCAAGUGGUGAAAGCUAUAUGGUACAUGGUUGUUGCAGUUGAUUCAGAAAUAAUAUGAAAUACAAAGCAUUACCGUGAUGGGAACCGCAUACAACAAUGGA